UAUUUUUCUCUCCUUUAUUACGAAAACAUACAAUAUUUUUAUAAGAUUAUCCCCUGCUCUUUGGUUCUGCUUCUGUUGGGGUCUCGAAUAGGACUCGUGUACACCUGGAUAUCUUUGGCCUUUAGUCUCAGCACGUAGACAACAAUUUAGAAUAUGCAGAAAUGCUAUCAAACGGAGAUGCGUCAGAAUGAGGCACCUCCUUCCUACGAAGAGGCAACGUCCAGCAAUCCAUUUAUGGUUCCGCAAAUCCAGGGCUACACUCCAGUUUCUUGUGGGUUUAAUGGAUCCACGAUAGGUUCAACAGGAGAACCGCCACCUUACUCAGUGAAUUUCGAGGAUCUACAUGGAGGAGGAUUCACUUAUAGACAGUAUCCGUCAUAUCCUGCCGAUUAUCCUUCCAAUUAUCCUGCCAAUCACUAUCCACCUCCUCCAGGUUAUCCAGUUGUCAGUCUUACAGGAUCUUAUCAGGGUCAGAUAAAUGACAGAGAUUGCAGACAAGAUAGAAUCAUAGGUUCACUUUAUCAAGAGGACCCAGCUAUAGAGAAACAAAUGAAAAGAAGGAAGAUAAUCUGUAUGCUACUGGUUGUAUUCGCUGUACUUCUGGCAAUAUUUGCGAUAACCAAAGGGAUUCUGGAAUAAACAUUCGAGAAAUACAAGUUAAAAAACAAAAGUGAUUGAAAAAUUAAAUUAAAAAGGAUUACAUAAAAGUAUAACAAGUUGUUUAUAUAUCUGAAAAUUUUGUAGAUUUUUGAAAUACGUUCACACUCAAAGGCUGUGUGGUAGUUUUCCUUUAUUGCAGUACAUGUACCUUGAACGGUAUUAUACAUACUGAAUCUGUGUGAAUAAUCGGAGUUUAAUUAAAUACUAGUGUACAAAUACUUUUGAUCUAUUCAUAAUAUGUACUAUAAAAUAUUGUAUAUAUAAGAUUCAGAUGUAAUCUGAUAGAAAUGAUAUUUCAUUUGUUUGUUAGUUAUAAUUUUUACUUUGUUUUUAAUUAUCCAUUUGUUCACAUGUUACGAUUGUUUAAAAGCCCUGUGAGUUAAUUUUUGUCCUCUUGCAAUAUUCUUGCCAUGUAUGUAAGAGCAUAUAUUUUAAUGAUAUAUUUUUUUUUACCAUACCAUAAACUAUGCAUGUUUAACCUUUUGCCAGUGGUAUUUUCUCUUUUUUAAUGUGUUGUUUUCAUUCCAAAUGACUUUCGUGCUUUAUUAUGCUAUUAAUUUAAUCUGAUUUACAUAAUUUUAUAUUAUUCAUUUUUGUAAUAUGUCGGCGCCAGGAAGAAUCCGAAGAAAAUAUUACUGAUAUCUUUUACAGAAAUGAAAUGUAGAUUGUAUUAGAUUUUAUUUUUAUUUACCUGAAUGUACAGGAUUGUUUAAUAUCCUUAUGAAGAAGGCAUUUAAUUACUAGUAUUUCGACUUCCAGAGUACAUUUGUAUUUAUAUGUGUUGUUUAUUUUUGAAUUACAUACCCCCAGACAUUGAACAAAAGAGAAAUGGAUGUGCAAUAAAAAGAUUUUGUUCGAUUUA